AUGACAUCCUUUUCCUACACUAUACCUCAGCCUUACUCGAAAAGGAAAGAAACGGAAUCUCUAAUGGGAUCUGAAGGCUUUGCUUUUUCUAAGAUGUUGAAAAAUCAUUCAAUUCUCAAUUUAUUGGCAAUCAAAAUGAAACCUCAGCAUCGUGAAUUAUGGAACUUUAACUUCGCUGGCAUAUCUCGAAAUGACUUCACAAGUUUGCUUCAUUCCUUAAAACUCCAUUUAUCGUCAUCAUCUCUUAAUAAUAUUCCUAAAAUGAAGACACGGCACAAUGAAAAAAAGGAAAAACGUCAAUUAGUCGUUAAAUAUUUCCCUCAAUUUCUUGCUCGAGAUGAGAAGAAUCGAACAAGAAGCCAAAGAGAAAAAAAAAAGAAAUCACAAAAGACAUGA